AUGCUAUGUCCUCAUUGCAAGAAGGGUAAUUUUUGGAAAGACGCUAAUUAUCCUCAGGGAACUAGAACACGAUGUUGGUCGUGUAAAAAGCAAUAUCAAUAUGUUAAUUGUUUUCAUUGUAAUACAUCGAAUAUUUGGACAACAACGAACUAUGAACAAGGUACUCCAAUAACAUGUUAUUCAUGUAAAAAAUUAUUCCAACAGGUUAAUUGUCCACAUUGUAAAGUGACUAAUUGGUGGGAAAAAGCCACUCAUCAGCAAGGAAUAAAAGUAAAAUGUUUUUCAUGCGAAAAUCUGUUUCAAGAUGUUCGAUGUUCAAACUGUUUUACUACGAAUAUUUUGAAAAAGGCAGACUAUCAUUGUGGACAGAAACUAACAUGUUUUCAAUGCAAUAAAUCGUUUCAACUCAUGAACUGUCCACAUUGUUCUAAAGCUAAUUACUUUUCUAAAACUACGUAUCGCAAAGGCGAUCGCAUAUCAUGUAAUGCAUGUACGAAAAGAUUUCAGUUACUAAACUGUUCUCAUUGCCAAAGUUCUAUCUACUUUUCAAAUGCUAAUUAUAAGCAAGGUUCAUCUAUAAAAUGUUUCACUUGUGAACAGUCAUUUUAUCAUAUCAACUGUCCACAUUGUGAUGAAGCCCAGUACUCUUCUGCACCAUGGAAAGAUGGAAUAUCAUAUCAAUGUUUAUCAUGUAACCAGUAUUUCCAGCAGGUACAGUGUUUUCAUUGUAAUGUUUUGAAUUUUUGGUAUGAUGGACCGAACAAAUAUAAACAUGGAGGAACAAUAACAUGUGUUGAUUGCAAACAAAAAUUUCAACAUCUCUGGUGUCCACAUUGUGAAAACCCGAACUUUUUCGAAAAUGCUGAUUACUACGAAUUAGAUGUUAUUAAAUGCGCUAGCUGUCAUAAUAAUUUUCAACACAUUCAGUGCAACUCAUGCAAUACACCAAAUUACUUUUCCGCUGCUAAUUACAAUUCAUUAUCUGAUUGGAAAUGCUGCACCUGCAACAUGCCCAUUUAA